CAUGGUGGUGGUAUUGGUGAGUAACGAGAGGCUAGGGGGCGCGGUGGGCGAGGCGCGUCACAGCAUCAACAACAACGUGAAGGACCUCGACACCUUCCUCGCCAAUACCAAGAUGCAACUUCGAUACCUCGUCACCGAUUCUCUCGAGAAGACUGUCCAGGUCAUGUACAAUGAUCUUGACGACAUAGAGUACCUACUGGGUCGACCACUGCAGCGAGAACUGGCGGCUGAGGCACAGAUAGAGGUGGCCCUAGACUCUCUCCUCCAUAUCAGCAGCAGUCUGCGGGACAUAGCAGGUCGCAUGCGGGCAUUGGAAGAGUCCAGAUCGCAGGCAGCAGCGCGCGCAGAGGAGCUGCGGGGACGCCUGUCAGAGCUGUCUGCUGAUAUACAGAGAUUUGUGUCCCGUUGUUCUCUUGAAGACCUCGAUCUCUGCAAUACUCUCGACCCCAGCGGCCUCGACCUCGGGGCACGCUUUGACAGUUUCUCGUUCUCGGAGCAGCUUCGUUUACUGUCAGUCGUGGAGAACCAUAACCUGACAGAGACGGCCAGACACGCCAGGUUCGAGUUUGAGAAUAUUCCAAACUACGUGAAGAUGAUGACUCGCACCACCAGGGAAGAUGUGAAGCGCGUGAUGCGGGCUCUCCGGGGGUCGUUGUACUCCAAGGUGCGCAGUUUUGACGACAUGGCCUUCAACCUCGAGAUGCGCACCAGAGACCUCACCUGGCAGGUAGACCAGGCCACUGCCACCCUCCAGGACCACGAGAACUACAGGUGGUAUUCCGUCCUAGCCAUCUCCGUGAGUUUGGCGUUCGUGUGGCUGCUGAUGACAGUGGGCGUGUACUGCGGGUGUUGUGCCCACACCGCCGACCAGACACCUACGGAGAGGUCGUGUGUCUCCAACUCAGCUGGCCAGACACUUAUUUCGUCAGUGUUCUUCAUGUUCCUGAUGUCCGGGGUGUUGUGGACGGUGGUGGUGGCAGUGUUCGUCUUAGGUGCCCACGCCCACGCCUUCAUCUGCCAUCCGCUGUACCAGGAGCCCAACUUCGUCACCCUCACAGACCUCCUUGACAAAUCCGGCUUGGUCUUCCACAACGGUCCUGUCCUCAGCAACAUAAUCCACCCGGGCCGCGACGUCCACCUCAGCUUCGGGCAGGUCCUCAGCCGGUGUAAGGAGGGCGAGACAGCCUAUGAAGUGUUUGAGCUGCGUCACUACUUCGAUGUAGAGCGGGAGGUGGACCACCGCACCACCCUCGACCUCCGCCAGACGCUGGGCCAACUCAGGGUCAACCUCUCCCAGGUUGAGUUCCUCUCUCCAGAGGCCGAGACCCACCUCAACAACUUCCUCCUCUCCAUCAAGCUCGACCUUGGACCAUACAGGAGGGAGAUGGAGAAGCCGCUGGUGCAGAAGAACAUCCCGGCCUUGACAGAGCAGAUGCAGAAUGUGGCGGGUCAGCUGCGAUCUGUGUCUGCCUCCGCCGAGCUCUUCAGGAUGGUGGCGCGGACCAGGAACCUCGUGACCAACACCCUCUACCCUCUCGAGAAACGCAAGGAGGACGUGACCUACCAGGUGGCUACGCUAGACAUGGAGGUCAUGCCCCUCCAGCGUCAAAUCAACCAGAGUGCCGGACACCUUCGUACCAUCCAGUACUUCAUCCAUAACCACGGCUCAUCCCUCGCUGCCUCGAAAGCUCGAGCCUACGUGGAGAGGAUCCUGAGCUACAUGAGGCAGUACACUGACCACGUCCGUAAUGGAGCCCUUCACCACGUGGCACCCUGCACACCCUUUUGGAACCUAUUCGACUCUGCUCGCGGCAUCACCUGCAACGGCAUCAUAGAACCUGUGAAUGCACUAUGGUUGGCGACAAGCUGGUGUCUACUGCUCUUCCUUCCCAGCAUAUGUAUUAGUCUGAGUCUGGCACGCUACUACCUUCGCAUGGACUCUGAUGAUGACAUUCUACCGCUGCACUCUGACGGGUCACCACAAGAGUCCAGCACCAACAUUCAGUUAGGGUCAUCGACAGCCAUGUGGGGAUCCAAGCACAGUGGAGGGACCAGAGGCCAUCAACACUCCUACCUGAGUCCUCCACAGAAUGGGGCUGAGGCCAGUGAACCACCUGAUCGGGAUUACGGGGUUGUGAGACGUGCAGCUCAGCCACGCAGAGAGAGAGGAACCCAGCCAGGCAAGGACGCGGAGGAGUUGCUGGCUCAGGCACAAGUGGCUGCUUGGCGUGACGCAUGGAAGGCUGGGGCCACCUUCGUCACCCUGGAGCUCGUGGCUUCGCACGUUCAUCGCUCAAUCGAGUGGGUCCGCCAUCACUGGCAUGACGACCCACACUCCCUGGCCACCGCGCUCAAUGUCUGCAGUGAACUUCGCGACGAAGAACCGAGGUCCACCUCUCCCCAAACCCACCAUUACUCUACCUGUGGGGACUGUUGUGAAAAUUCACAUUCCCUGUGAGAUAAGUACUUACUGCUGCUCUCACACCCAGCACACACUAUGCCCACGCCACACCUAUCCCAGGUUUGUGAUACACCUGACCUAAGACACCACUCACCAUAUCAGACUCUUGACCCAGAACCUGUGUUUCGUCACUGCUUCAUCGAGGCUUGCUAGUUAACCUUUAGAUGCAUGAUCUCUAGAUUUUCACUGUCUUAAUAACUGUAAGGUAAUGUGUUCACUGGUGGUCCUCAUUAUUGUCACAACAUUGUCACCAGACACUAAAUUUAUUUUUCUCUGCAAAGUCAAUUUAUCAUAAUUUUGGGUAAUAAUCUGUGGUGUAGUUUCCUAGAGUUUUAUAAAAACAUUCUCCUAGUCAAUAUUUUUUUCAUAUAUUCAUUUAAAUUCAGAUUAAUCUGAUACGUGGUGUAAAUUUUAUCCGAACCUUAUAUACCAGGAGAGUGUAUUGAGGCACAGUUAUGUAGCAUGUUAAGGCAGAGUAUGUAGCCUUCUACAGCGUGUCUGUGUGUUCUACAGGCACAGUCACUGGUGAGUCUACGUCCUCGUGUAGCCGUGACCUGCCAGCUGGAUCACUGACUCAAUCAGCUGCUGUCCUCACACCAAGUGAACUGGUGUGGUGUGAAGCACUCCUCCAUGGAGGACGAAAUUUGUAACUGUCGGGGUCCCAAAAUAUACAGUAUAGUGAAAAACAUUCAUUUAGGCAUAUUUUUUAUUUUAACUUUUUGUGAUUAAAGAAUUAAAGGUCGUGGAACCAGAUUCUGAGAUCAAAUAUGACGGGUAAUUUGUAGGUGAUAUUAAGUGGAAAUUUUCAAAAUAUCUGUACUAUUGUACAGGUGUGUAAGUUUGAGGCCUAGGAAGGGAGGAGUGUUUCCCACCAGCCGUCGACAGAUACGAGAGGAGCCACCAAUGUUGUGUACAGGGUUGGUCACAUCAUCUGCUACCCCACCUGUUGUCUUUUUAUGU